AUGAGAAAUGUUUACUACACUAACAAACUUCAUCACAAUAAACCAGUCGAAAUCUCUCUUGGAUUAGACUAUUCCAACGAAAUGCGACAUUACAGCUAUGUGCCCAUAAAGGUGACACUUCAUUCGCUGCUUUCUAACCCAGAUGUACUGUGCAAACUCUCUUUCAACGCGCAGGGAGGCAACGAUGGUGUGUAUCGGGAAUUCACAGACGGCAAAGUUUUUCAAAGCCGGAUAUCAUCCGAUGGCAGUACUGUAUCGGUAAUCUUAUACCAAGAUGCUUUCGAAGUCGCCAAUCCCCUUGGAUCAGCCCGUGGAAAGUUUAAAAUGUUAGCGGUAUACUUCACGCUUGGAAACCUACCAGCUUACCUCAGAACCGUAGUUGACCCUCAACAGCUUGUUUUGCUUUGCCAUGAUAAAGACUUUAAACACUUUGGUUGUAGGAAGCUCUUCGAGCGACUCAUCAGUGACCUCCAAGAUCUUGAAGAUGGCAUCACAGUGAACGGGCACCGUUACGUUGUGCAGCUUGCUUUUAUAUGCGGUGACAACCUUGGAAGCCAUAGCAUUGGCGGCUUUGUGGAGAAUUUCAGCAGGGCCUCUUACAUAUGCCGGUACUGUGUUACAACCAUGCAAGAUUUUAGGAACAACAAGCCAGCAGAGCUUCGAACUGUUUCAUCAUACACUGAAGCAGUCAACCGUGCUAAGGACAGCCAAGAACAGGGUUUUAUGGGAGUCAAACACGACUCUCCAUUCAACAAGCUUUCAACAUUUCAUGUCUGUCUUCCUGGGCUCCCGCCAUGUCUUGGGCAUGAUCUUUUUGAAGGUGUUGUUGACUACGACGUUGCACUGAUGAUAAAAUAUUUCGUGAAAACACUGAAAUGGUUCUCUUACCACCAUCUUAAUGCAACAAUACAGUUCAAAUUUAAGUACAACGCGUGUGACCAAAGGAACAAGCCAGCUCCAAUGAACGUAAGUGGUAAAAAGCUUGGAGGCCAGGCACUGCAAAACUACACUCUUUUGUUACUUCUACCAAUAAUGGUGGGAGACAAAGUUCAGGAUGCAACUAACGAAAUGUGGCGUCUCCUUUUGACUCUCCAACAGGUUGUAGAACUCGUCAUGGCAACUGCCAUUUCAGAUGACCAAGUGUCAUAUCUGGCACUCUUGAUCAGUGAUUACAUCUGUGAGAGGAGCAUCUGGCAACUUUAUUAA